ACGAAGCAAAUUGUGGCACGUGUUUAAAUUAGUAAUUAAUAAAUUUAACAAAAACAUCUCAAAAGUUUGUUUGAAUUUUUCUAUUACUUACGUGAUUUUUAAUAUCCUUUUUUUACCUUGCGCAAGAAAAACAGCUGUUUUUUUUUCAUACGGCAACAUAUAUCACAUGAGAAAGUUAUUGUAUGGCAACAACGAAACAAAAAUUCAAAAUGGCAGAAAUGUUAAAAAGAAUACCUAUCCAUUCUAUCUUUACGAGACAAUAAAAUUGUGAGUGACGUGGUGUAACGGAAUUUCAGUGAAAUUGCAACUAAAAACUACGAAUUUAAAUGUUAUUGUUCAGACACGGAAAAUAUAUUGGAUAUCCCAGUAACAGAGAGUCGUUCUGUGUGCGGCGGAGGUGGUGGGUCGGAGGGCUCCGCGGGGCGCGCGUCGUGGCGCGUGACGCUGGACCACGACCUGGUGGAGACGCUCAGCGCCAUAUACCCCGAGUGGUUCAAGCAGCCGCGCCGCGAACGUAGCGCGCACUCGCCCGCGCACUCGCCCGCGCACUCGCCGGCGCGCACGCCCGCCUCGCCGCGCACGCCCGCCUCACCCGCCACGCCGCCCGAGGACGACAACUUCAGUUCUGGUGCCGAGGAGAUGGCCGGCCGACAAGCGAGCAGCAGCGGCGCGAGCGAGCCGCCGAGCUCGCCGCCGCGCGUCUCGCCGCCCAAGGUGGUCGUCGACGACAGCCCCCUACAGCCCGCCAUGGGCAAACACAAGGAGUCGCUGAAGGUGAAACUCAUGAUGCGACGACCCUUCAAUCAGUUGGUGGCGCAGGGAAUCAUGCCGCCUUUGAAAACCCCACCAGCGUAUUUCAAGCAACGGGUGCAGUUGGAGAGAGCAAAAACAGGAGAUUUGCUCAAAGCAAAAAUACAAAGUCGCCCAGAUCGCCAGGAACUGGAGCGAAGACAUAUACUGGAACAAGAAAGCCAUGUGGAUCCCAGUUUGGCCGAGAAGCAGCGAAUGCUGAAGAAGGCGCGGCUGGCCGACCAGCUCAACGACCAGCUGUCGCACCGACCCGGGCCGCUCGAGCUCAUCAAGAAGAACAUCUUGCACACGGAGGAGGACAUCGAGACGGCCGUCAAGAGCGGCGUGCUCGCGUUCAAGGCCACCAGCGAGGGCGCGUCGGGGCGCCCGCAGCACCCCUCCGCCUACUGCGGCCCGCCCGAGGAGCUCUCGCCCUCGCCCUCCCCGCCCGCCGCGCCCUCGCCCGUCGCGCCGCACGCCGCCAGCCCGCAGCACCCCGCGCCCGGCAAGGACAAGUACCGCAAGAAGUGCAAGCAGAAGCCGAAGUCGCGGUUCAAGUUCCACGAGUACAAAGGCCCCCCGAACGCUCAGAAAGCCUCCUCGCCCCCGGGCUCCGCGGAGACCCCGUACGAGUUACUCCUGCAACAACAGCAGCUGCUGCUCCAGCUGAUGCUGCCCGCGUCGCCCGCCGGCUCGUCGGCCGCCUCCGUCGCGUCGGACACGUCGGACGUGCUGUGCGCGCUGUCGGCGCCGCCGCCGCCGCCGCUGCCGCCGACGCCCGCCGCCACGCCGGUGUCGCUGGCCGCCGCGCGCUUCGAGGACAUGAAGGUGUCGGACCUGCGCGCCGAGUGCAAGCGGCGCAACCUGCGCGUGUCCGGCCCCAAGCCGCAGCUGAUCGACCGCCUGCGCCCCUACCUCGAGAUGCAGGAGGAGGCGCCGCGCUCGCCCGUCUCGCUCGCCUCGCCCGAGUCCAAGGCGGACUCGGAGCCGUCCGAGGACAUCGUGCAGUCGCAGCGGCGCCUCAUAGAGGAGCUGGAGCGGCAGCUGGAGGAGUCGCGACAGCAGCUGGAGGCGGUGAGGCGCGACGCGGCGGGCGCGGCGGCCAGCGACCAGAGCCGGCGCCUGCUGCAGGCGCACCUGUGCGUCACGCAGCUGCGCGCCAAGCUCGACGCGCUGCAGCAGCCGCCCGCCGCGCCGCCGCGCUACGUGCUGGCGGCGCCCGACGCCGCGCCCGACCGCCUCGUGCGCCUCUUCACCGUCACGCCGCCCUCCGCGCAGGGUGCCGACGCGGACGCGACGGGCGCCAAGUCCAACCAGGCGUACAUCCUCAACGGCGUCAAGGUCGUGCCCAUAGCCAUCCUCCCCACGACGCACUACGAGCCGGAGCGCGCGCCACCCCCGCCGCCGCCGCCGCCCCCGCCGCCCGUCGCGCACCUGCCCGCGAUGCUGCACGACGAGACCGACGACAGUCAGAUCAUGGACGACGUCCUCGAGAUUCUGGUGGAAAACGGCGAGCUGCCGGCUUCUGCGGUUGGCGACGUGACGCCGAACAGAUCGGUGGACGCGGGCUACCUCACCGCCGGCUCGGGCGAGUUCAGCCCGACGGACGUGCUGAGCGACGACAUCCUCGGCGACUCGCACGUGCGCGACUCGCUCGCCGCGGACGAGCUGCAACGGGAGCUGGACGACAUUCAGAACGAGAUCAUGAGCCACGCCGACUUGAACGCGAUCGGCGACCGCUGCGUCGACUCGUCGGCGACCGACGUGGACCACGAACUGAACGUCGAUCUGCUCGCCAACGACGAGUUCAACGCCAACUUCGGCGGCUCGGACUCCACUUCGGCGAAUCACGACGACUUUUUCGGCAGAUUCCUCGGUGAAACCGCCCCCGGCGCGAUGGACGUAGACGAGGACGCGCCCGAGAGGAUGAGCAUGACCCCGCUCGCCGGCGACAUCCUGGACCACUCGCGGCCCGGGUUCGUAGACAUGAACGAGCUGUCGCUGCCGUCGUUCCACGAGGAGUCGCGCCACGACGACUUCGAGCCUCGGCCGUGCGAGUUCGACUUCAAGGACUUCGACCUCGGCGCGAACAUGAACAUGAACGUGGACGGGGACAGCUACGACUACAUGAACGCGGAGCUGAUCCCGAACCUGUUUGGGCGUGGGCACGUGCCGCAGUGCGACCCGGUGCUGGGCGGCGUGCUGCUGCCGGCGCCGCGCCCCGCGCGCAAGCACUACUCCUGGGACAAGAUCGAGUACGACGCCACCUGACCCGCCCGCGCUCGUGCCAGACACUGAAGCUCUCUGACUACACCCACACCCAAAGAUUUUAUACUAUAGAUAUGUCAAAACUGAGGCAGUGUGUUCAGGAAGUGUAAAAACUAUAUAUACAUAAGUAUAUUGUGAAAGUGAAUACAAAAUUUAUGCAUGCCUGCGCUCGGUGGAGUAGCUGAUCGCUGUAUUUGGAUCAUUUUGCGGUGAUUUUGUAGGCACGUAACAUAUCUAAUAGUAGAAAAUCUUUGCCCAUACCAUGAUCUCUUAGUACAUCACGUCGCCAGUGUUACCCGCUCGGAAAACUAUUCAGUGCCACCGGAAUGGAAUAACAUAGCGGAGUUAGUUUUAAAGUGAAAUAGUUAAAUGAUGUGACGCUAGUCUCGAUUUCGCGUUCUUCCAUGUUGGUGACUUACAGUGGAAUUCAUAGACAUUGUAGGGGCACCCCCAGGGGCUCAUUCAGCCGCUGAUUGUCUAGUUUAACCUCUGUUUGUGAAUUUGAUACUUCAGCGGGUGAAUGAUACCCUGAGGGUGCCUUUAUAACAUCUAUGAAUUCCACAGUUAGUGAAGACUAGACGUAAUAUUAGAUAAAAAUUAAAACACAUAGUGUUUGAAGUGAUGUGUGGACCGGAUGGAUAUUAUUUGGUACUUAAUAUAUGAUACGUAUGUUUGUAUCGCUAGAUGUUAAUGUAGCUUAAGUGAUUUGUGUUCUAUUUAUUAGCGUCGAGUGACAGUGACACACUCGGCUCACGUAUUUAUGAUAAAUCCAUAUUAUUUACUGAGGCAUAUCUACUUAUGUAUAUAAUGAAUGUGUUAUGAAAAAAUACUCAACAUAGUUGUGGAUUAACUGCAUUCCGCCCGAUGACUAAAAACUGAGGGGAAAAAUAUCGUAAGGGAUACUCGUGUUUGAGGAGAUGGAACCAUCUUUGAAACAGUGUGGCGGCUGUGUCUAUGCACAGUGGUAAUGAUCUAAGAUACGGCAUUAGAAAUAUAUACUCUCAUCUUUUAUUCAUUAGUACUAUGAUAUUAAUGAUAGGUAAUGUUCACAGUGAUGCAUUGCAAAUUUUUCAUACAUUUUUCAUACAAAAUCUAGGAAACCAUGACUAAAAAGGCAACCUAAUACAGUUAAAUUAAGCAUAAAAUAAGCUUUCAUUGGAAUAACUGAUGUGGGUUUAAAAAUAACAUGUUUUAUAUCUGGCAACCCCACAGUUGCAGUGUGAAAGCAGGCAACCUUUACUUUUGGGUAUAUUCUAAUAACUAUAGUACGCGCGUUAACAACUGAGUCUUAGGGCCAUAAAUCAUUUCUCUAUAUCUAUCUCGCUUGCACUUAUGGGUCUUAUGGAGCCGUCUAGUGAAGGGUGUAACAAUGAAAGACAUAUUAUCGAUAAGUAAAGUUUAUUAUCGUAUCUUGUUCACAAAAUUAAAAAAAUUAACAAUAUUUGAUUUAAUAUAAUACAUAUUUCAUAUUAUAUAAUUAUUAACUAAAUAAAAUUAAUCUUCAUCUGAGUCUUCAUCAUCAGAAUCUUCGUCUUCUGCCAAAUUUAUUAUAAGCGGCGCGUGAUCUCUAAUUAGAGCUUUUUGUAAAUCUUUGUUUUGAAGUUCUUCGGCAUGCCUAACACAUUUGGCCCAGUCUUCUCGUGUGACAUUUUCUAUGGCUCGGUGGAGGUGAUUUUCGACAUCUGCUAUCUUGAAGGUAUUAUUAUUCUUCGCAACUUCUCCCUUUACUUGUGCCCAAAUUAAUUCUAUUGGGUUAUAUUGACAGUGAUAUGGAGGGAGCCUUAUUACUUCAUGACCUCGUUCAUUUGCCAGAUGGUCUAAAGCGUAGACCUUCUGCGGGUUACUGGCUUUUACUUUUCUUAUUAAUUCUUCAAUAAUUUCGUUGCUGGAAUAUGGAAUCUUUUUCUUUGUCAACCAUUCUUGAAUUUCAGCUUUCCUCGUGUUUCUUGUGGGUAUCUUUUCCAACUGUAUCGAAUGAUAGCUUGCGUUAUCGACAAUUAUAACUGAGGGCUCUUCAAGUAGAUUCAGGAAUUCGGAAAACCAUGCCAUAUAUGUUUCGCCAUCCAUUUCUGUGUGGUAAUCAGCAUCCUUUGAUUUCACCGCUUUAAAUAUUAGCUUCGCAUCUGGAACGAAGCCAGUCCUUGCAGAACCCGCAUGGCAAACUAUUAAUCUUUGGCCUUUUCCCACAGGCUGAUUCUUGAAACCUCCUUCAUCGUUGCUUCCAAGCCACAUCCUCUUUCUUGCAUGGUUUUGAUUAAUCCAUGUUUCGUCUAGAUAGAAACGUGGUCGCUGAUCGUUAGUUCUUCUAAGUAAAUCCAAUUUCCUUAAAAAGUCCAUUCUAGCACAAACAAUAUCAGUUCUUUCCAUUAAAUAUUUACGUCCUUCGCUAUUUUUCUUAUACUGGAACCCAACCUCCUUCAGUAGUAUUCUCAUUGAAGUGUUGCCGCAUUUAAAAUCGGGUAAUUGUUCACGGAAUUUUUCUAAAAUUUUCGCCACGGAUGGAUACUCUCCAUUCUCAUAAAAUGAAGCUACAGUUCGCUUCAACACACUUUUAUCAAAAUCGUCAAUAUUAGUGACGGUUUGUGGUUUCUUAAAAUUUGUUCUUGGUAUACAGGUACUGCCUGAUUGUGAUACUUCCGUCUUGAUUCGGUCCACUGUCGCUCUGCUCACACCACAAACAAAUGCGGCCAUUUCACGUGGUUUGUUGAAAUUUAGAGAAGCCACUUUAUUCGGAUCACUUUUCAAUUCAUUGAGAAACAGGAAUACGUUGUGAAUCAGUGUUCGAGCUUGAGGGCUAAUAUCGCCAUGUAAUUUCUUCAGAUCAACGUUAGAAAAUAAAGUAUCCAUAGUGCGCAACGAGUAACACAUGAAUGUAUUUAUUUAAUUGCAGUAAACACAUUUAUAGCAAAAAAAAUACGCAAUGCAAUUACAUUAGAAACCGACCAAUCAGAAUCGUCCAAAUCAUUAUUGACUCAUCAUUAGCACGUGCGCAGGUAGCCGUUUAUCGAUAAUUAGGGUGCGCAGGUAGGCGCGCUGCACAUUCCUAUCUUUUUUGACUUUUAUGACCGGACGACUCAGAUGAUAACGCGCAUACUAUAGUGUACGAUUUUUUUGAUUAAAAAAUGAGCGAAGAAGAUUAAAAAAAUUAAAAAAAAUAAAUUAAUACUGUUCAACCGCAAUUUAACUAGACAAGCUAUGUGCAAUGUGUCAAUGUGAAUAUUUUCCAUCUUUUUUUUCUUUUGCCAAUUAAAAAACAGAUGAGGGUAUAAAUUUCUUAUGUCGGAUCUUGUACUAUAAAAUGUUGUUGACAGUCUAUCUCUGCAAAUUCUGCAAAGUUUCCCAAAUCAAUAAAUGACAUUCCAGUCUUGUUGAAGUGCAACUUGUGACACAUCUGUACCCUCUUCAUGAUAAAAUAUUUCCAUUAAAAAUAUGUUUAUUUAAGCUCGUAAAGCAUAUGUUGUUGAGGGAGAGCAAAGUGCACGUUCACAAGCCAUCGUCAUGGGUGGGACCAGCUCGGGAACAAUAUUAGAUAUGAUUCAUUUAGAAUUUAAACUAUCGUGAGUGUUAUACAUAUUAAUUUAUUAAGAAACACGACUAAAACUCACACAAUACAAUGUCAGAGUAUGCCCUUAGUCAUGAGCUGGUUCUUGCAACGCGGCACGAUCCAAACAAACUUGUUGGGCAUGCUGUGACGUUGUAUUACAUGAGUUUUAGCUGUGUUUCAUAAUAAAUUAAUAUGGUUCAUUUAGUUAACGUAGGGAGCAGGCUCCAUGAAUACAAACAAUUAUGCAAGCACCCUUACUCCAUUGUUUGUAAUUUGUACCUACAUCUUCCACUUAUUGUUUAAGUCUGUAGACCCUUCGUAAAGUUUGGUGUUAGUGUGGUGUAAAUGAUUCAACACAAUGUUUUACUAAUUUGUUUAAUAUUUAUUUUAAUCAUAAUAAAUUAUCAUAAAUAUUGCAUAAACGUAACAUUCUUGAAAAUGUAUCAUUCCAGUAUAUUGUCUAAAGCUUAGGAUAGGUGCACCUUUAUGGAUAUUUUUUUUUCUCAACAAUGAAAGAUUGUUUGCAUAAUUGUUUGUUAGGUAAUUUAAAAAAAAUAUAUAUUUAUUUUUCCUUAUAGUACCUACUUGAUUUUGUUCGAGUGUAUUGAUUAGUAUUCUCAUAUUAGUUGGGAUGUGUUUUGUUGCGUUCAUCUUGGCUGAUAAAACUGCAAAAUCAAAAUGUGUAUGCCAUUAUUUGCAUUUAUAUUUUUUAAUUUAUAAAAUACCUUUUGCGACAACGAAUGUGGCCUCACUGCCCCAAUGUGCCAAUGUUACAAUACAUACAUAAAAAAAAUUCAAAUACAUAUUUCCAUAAGUACUUUAUUGUUAUAUUUGAUAAGGUUUCUUUUGCCAGUGGUCUGAAUGUUACUAAUGUUGAUAGAUAUGUGCUAGUACUUUGGGAUAUAACAUAAUCCCAAAGUACAUUCACAUAUGGUUUGGUGCUAUAUAUGUGUAAGUAAAAUAUAUUGAAAUACAUUUAUAUAAUUAUAAUAUAAUUAACAGCAUAAAACUUAACAGUCAUUAUUAUUAAACAUGUAAACAUUAACUUGAUGAAGUGUUCGUCAGUUGAUGCUAAAAAGUUUUAAUUUCCCAUAUUGUCAUCAUAAUGAUUAAGUGAUAUAUCACUGAGUAUAAUUAUUAUAAGAUUGUUUCGUUUUGUUUUCGCUUUACUAAAAUUAAGUAAUAUUCCAUUAUCUAAGUAAAUUAAAACUAAUUAAUUUUCUAAUUGCUCAGCCAAAUUGUACCUAUCCAUUCUAGCCAAUUAUACUAAUUCUUUAAAGAUAUAUAAAACCUAUGCAAGACAUAUUUUGCAGGUAUAUCUUUGAAGAUUUCCUUAAUUGAGUGUGUUGUAAGCUUGGUAUACCAAUUUUGAGGGUUAGUUUAAAUUUAUAAUUUAACACAAGGAAAUAUGAAGUGAGAUUAAAGUUUGAUUAUAGUGUACCUAUGUAUGUAUGUAUCUGCAUAUUUGUUAUUGUUGUAAAUUAUUGUAGGAGAGUUUUAAUAUUUGUUUUCUAGUAGUUUAUAUUUGGAAGUGAUAUACAGUGCUGAAUUUGAAUAAUUUAAGCUGUUUACAGUAAAUACUAGUAUAUUGAUAGGCUAGAUAGGAUAGCAUAUCGAUAGGCUUCGUUAUAUUGCUUGUAUAUUAACCAAGUAUUCUUGUAUUGUACUCAUAUGUCUACCGUUUUAAAUUAUUUUUGAUGUUAAUAUCAUUGCAACACAUAGUGUAAUAAUAUACUUGUAUUAAUCAAAGGCAAACAAUAGGUAAUUGUGUAAAAACUAUUUAUAUCUGAACCAGAAAUUCACAAUUGCAAUUCCCUGUAAAUUUAAUAGUUUUUUUACCUUGCAUAUAAUGAAGCCUUGUAAAUAAUUACCAAGCCUUUACUAGUAUGUAUAAGGAAUUGUUGAACAAAACUUUUGAGAUAAA